AUGUUCUUACCCGUACUAUUAUUCUUUAUCUAUUUACCACAAUUACAGGCAACAAUUCCCUAUGAUGGAAUCAUUCAUCGAUCAACUGAUGGUAGUUCUUAUGCAUAUCUCUCUCCACCAAGACCAGGAAAUCAUGCAUCAUUUAUUGAACAGAUGACACCAAGUGGUACACUAGCUGUUGCUUGGUUUACAGGUGGUGAAAAUUCACCAAAUUGUUCAAUAUCAGUAUCACUUUUAGAAGUUGGAUCACAACAAUUUACUCCUGGUGUUAUUGUAAGUGAACGUGUUAAUUAUUCAAAUCAAAAUCCAGUGCUUUUCUGGGAUAAUGAAACACAAAUAUUACAUUUAUAUCAUUCAUCACAAUUAGGUAAUGCAGGUGAAACACAUUCUGAAAUAUGGCAUGUACAAAGCAAAGAUCGAGGUGCAAUCUGGUCAACUCCUAAAUCUUUCUAUACAAUACCAGGUGCUUUUGAUCGUAAUCGUAUUAUUUCGACGUGGAAAAACGAUGGCAUUAUUUUUCCAUGUUAUAAUACAUCAACAAAUUCGGGUUAUUCAUUUAUACUUCGAUCAAACUUUAUCACUUCAACUUGGACACGUACUGAUAUUCCAACGACUACUAAUCUUGUUCAACCGUCGAUUGUUCGUUUGACUAACUCCACACAAUUGCGAGCAUUUUUUCGUGAUCGAAAUGCUAUAUCAAUAUAUUAUGCUGAUAGUAAUGAUGAUGGAUUAACAUGGACAACAGUAAAACCUACAUGUUUGCCAAAUAAUAAUGCAGGCAUUGAAGCAUAUACAUUAAAAGCUGGAACUUUAAUUAUGGCAUUCAAUAAUCAUAAUGGAACAUAUCAACCAAGGUCACCAUUAACAGUUGCACUUUCUUAUGAUAAUGGAUUAACAUGGCCAUAUCAAAGAAAUAUUCAAAUUCAUGAUGACGAUAAUAAUACACAAAUUGGAGAAUAUUCAUAUCCAUCAUUAUUACAAAGUCUUUGGAGUGGAAGUGAUGAUAAUGAUAUUCAUUUAGUAUACACAUAUGAUAGAAAAACAAUUAAAUACGUUCGAUUUAAUGAAAAAUGGAUUAAAGAACAAUGA